AUGUCUGGUCUAAACUGUAGCUCACUGGCCAAUGCGGAUGCCCAAGGUCCCUGUGAUGUUGCUAACAACUUCUGCUACGACCUUCCCAUUCAAUAUGGCGCCAGUAUUGCUGCAAGCACGACGCACUGUGAAUGCAGCACUUUGGCCUUUUUCCUCUGCUCUGCUUGUGAUGUUUGCGCCGGGCAGGCCGCAAGCCCUGGCCCAGCCUGGGGAGUGUAUUCUGAGUCGAAAAGCUGCUCUGCCGAUACACCCCCCACGUUGCCUCCAAUAAAAAAUGGGACUGUCGCUGUCCCGUCAUGGGCAAUGCGGAUGGCAUCGGCGACCCCUACGGCGAGCGUGUUUGAUCUUCAAGCGGCGCUCGAUCUCGCAAAGGCCAGCACCAUCGCCACCUCGUCCGCCGACAGCUCCCGCUCCCCAAGCUCCCAGGCCAGCACCACGGCGUCUUCGACGCACCGCCUUCCGCCAACAUCCUCCAGCUCCGACAUUUCCCAAGCGCACCACCGUGGCGCGCGUCAAGCGGCGAUCAUCGCCGGGGCCAUCGUGGCUGUGCUCGUGGCUGUGGCAAUCAUCGGCGCUUAUCUGUGCUGGCGUCGCAAAUCGAUGCGCGCGGUGCGAUCACAACUCUCAGCGCGUCCCUGGCUUGCCGGAGCGGAGCGCGGCCACGAGGAGCGCAGCCCGGCAGAGCUAAAGCGAGGAAUGCGUAGUCUAAGCAGCGUGGGAAGCGAUAUGCAGACAAGGGGGCCUGCGCCGGCCGGUGAUGCGAUACUGAGACAACAGGUGCAGUCCGUACAGGAGGAGCUUCAACUGCAGCGCGAUGAGCUCCGACAUUUCCGGGCAGCGACACAGCCCCCGCCCAGCUAUGUGUCCGGCGCGGCCCAACUUCACGGGUACUAA